AUGAAACUGCCGCCAGAAAGGCCGUCUGCAGUGGGGCCAAAAUAUUUGGAACAGAAUUGCAUUCCUAAAAACAUGGAAUAUCUUUCGAAAAAGGUGAAAACAUUUUUGAGUAAGGAUGCGAACGAAGUGGCGAGAAAACUCCACUUCGAGAGCUAUUACAUCCAGCAAGACCAGAGAAACGUAAUGGUUAUGAUGGACCUAACGCGCGCGCUGCAACCGUACUUUCCGCUCACGAAAUGCUACCUUUUCGGUUCGCGGACCUUCGGUACGGCCAGCUUUGAGAGCGACAUUGACAUUUUUACCGAUCUGGAAAAUAACUACUGCGGAAGGAAGGGAAAUACUGCUAAACUUGAUCCUCGGAAAUCGGUUCAGUUGAUUGCCGCACUUCUGGAGCGAAAUCCAUUAUGGCGGAUUCUGUGUGUAACAACCUCAGCGCGCAUUCCGCUGUUGCAAGUGAUUCAUAAGUCGUGUAAUCUAAAAUGUGACAUUUCGUUCACAAGUGGCCUGGCACAUUGCAAUUCCUCACUGCUAAAUUACCUGUUCGAUUUGCAGCCCAAUUGUCGGGCUCUGGUGUGCUACAUUAAAAAUUGGAACAGCGACUCGAGCCUCACAGGGUAUGCCAUCGCGCUGAUGGCUGUGUUCUUCUUUCAAUGUUACAACCUAUUGCCCUCUGUUCAUCGUUUGCAAAAUGAUUUGCGCGCAGCAAGAAACAUUGAUGACUGGAAUGCUGGAUUUACCACGCACACAUUAACGCAGCUGGGAAUACCGCCGUGCACCGUGCCGAUCAGCACAUUAACGAAACAGUUUUUUGCCUUCUACGGUGACCAGGGCCCAAACUUCUCGCUGGAAACGGACGUUGUCUGUCCAUUUCUGGGGCGUUGCGGCAUAAAGAAAAGCAUGUUCCACGCCACGGAUGCAUCAGAAAUACCCAAAGAAAUGCAUCGCCUGCGUUCUUACACGUGCGAACAUAAAAAUGACCCCAACCGGCUAAAUUUGUUCGCGUACGACCGACCGUUCGUUAUCCAGGAUCCAUUCGAGCUGUGCCAUAAUGUAGCGAAAGGUCUGAACGAGUGCCAAGCUGCAAAAUAUCUGCGAAAGUUUCACCAGUGCAGUAUUUUCCAACCUUCGUUGAACGACCUGUAGGUAUCUUGCCUUGAUUGGGCUCCUUCUGAUCCCAUGACAAAAAAUAGGGUCUGCACAUGCGGCGCAGACCUCUCUAUCGGAGCGUCUUCCAAUCUUUACCAAAAACUUGUGUACAUUUUCGACACAAUUUUACUGUGCGUGAAUUAGAAACGAGUUAAGUUAAAAUACGAAUAUUUUAUCAAUUAUUAGACGUAUGAGACACUUUUGCCUCGAUUGUUUCAUGUUGAAAGUGAUGUCGAGUGCAGCCUUUUUAAUUUUACUUUACAUAAAAAUAGUGAUAACACGCUAAGAUUUGCACAAAUAAAACUCGAAUGUGGCCAAAGC